UUUGUUGCUCAGCCCAACUGCCAGCAGCUGCUUGCAUCCCGCUGGUAUGAUGAGUUCCCUGGAUGGAGAAGGCGACACUGGGCUGUGAAGAUGUUGACAUGCGUUGUGAUAGGACUCCUUUUCCCAGUCUUCUCUGUGUGCUAUCUGAUAGCUCCCAAAAGCCCAUUAGGGCUGUUCAUCAGAAAGCCAUUUAUCAAAUUUAUCUGCCAUACUGCAUCCUACUUGACUUUUCUGUUCCUGCUGUUGCUUGCUUCUCAGCACAUUGACAGGUCAGACGUGAGCAUGCAGGGACCGCCACCAACCAUCGUGGAGUGGAUGAUAUUACCGUGGGUCCUGGGUUUUAUCUGGGGUGAAAUUAAACAGAUGUGGGAUGGUGGACUACAGGACUACAUUCAUGAUUGGUGGAACCUCAUGGAUUUUGUAAUGAACUCCUUGUACUUAGCAACAAUCUCUUUGAAAAUUGUUGCGUUUUCAAAGUAUAGUGGGUUAGUUCAACGGGAGAACUGGGACAUGUGGCAUCCAACCCUGGUGGCUGAGGCCCUGUUUGCAAUUGCAAACAUCUUUAGCUCCCUACGCUUGAUCUCAUUAUUUACUGCAAAUUCUCACCUGGGACCUCUGCAGAUAUCUCUAGGAAGAAUGUUGCUGGACAUUUUGAAAUUUCUCUUCAUAUACUGCCUUGUGCUGCUAGCUUUUGCAAAUGGAUUGAACCAGCUGUACUUCUACUAUGAGACAAAUGAACACGGCAACUGCAAAGGAAUACGAUGUGAAAAGCAGAAUAAUGCAUUUUCGACAUUAUUUGAAACACUGCAGUCAUUAUUCUGGUCUAUAUUUGGACUCAUCAAUCUCUAUGUGACCAAUGUGAAUGCAAGGCAUGAAUUUACUGAAUUUGUUGGGGCCACCAUGUUUGGUACCUAUAAUGUAAUCUCUCUGGUUGUUCUACUCAACAUGCUAAUAGCCAUGAUGAAUAAUUCUUACCAACUUAUUGCUGAUCAUGCAGACAUUGAAUGGAAGUUUGCCCGAACAAAGCUCUGGAUGAGUUACUUUGAAGAAGGAGGAACUCUGCCCACUCCUUUCAAUGUCAUACCAAGCCCAAAGUCUCUCUGGUAUCUGAUCAAAUGGUUAUGGAGACAUCUCUGCAAGAAAAAAAUCAGAAGAAAACCUGAAAGUUUUGGAACAAUAGGGAGACGUGCAGCUGACAAUCUGAGAAGACAUCAUCAAUACCAGGAAGUUAUGAGAAAUCUGGUUAAGAGAUAUGUUGCAGCAAUGAUAAGAGAUGCCAAAACUGAGGAAGGACUGACGGAAGAAAACUUUAAGGAGUUAAAACAAGAUAUUUCCAGCUUUCGUUUUGAAGUCCUGGGUUUGUUAAAGGGAAGCAAGCUGUCUAAUUUGCAGACUGCAAAGAUGAACAAAGAUGCUGCCUCUCUCUCAGAAAAUGAAGAAAACAGUGAGAGUGAAGGAAACAAGAAAGGAAAGAAAAAGACCUUCAGCCUUUUUGACAUAACAACGAUGAUUCACCCAAGAUCAGCUACUAUUGCCUCUGAAGCACAUAAUGUAAGCAAUGGCUCAGCAAUGAUGGUGUCAGAGUCCACUAAGGAGAAACAGAAGCGUGUGAAUUUUGUAACAGACAUAAAAAAUUUUGGGUUAUUUCACAGACGAUCAAAAACAAACUCUGUGGAUCAGAGUACAAAUAAAAUAUACACCGUUUCUGAAGAAGUUUCCCGUCAACAGGCAGAAGAACAAUGUGAGAAAACUGCUGAACUGGAAGAGGGAGAAAUGACCAUGAACUGUGAAUUAGAUGUCCAAAGUCCUGACGAAAAACGUGUGUUAGCUGAGUCACAAAAUAAUGGCAACUCUUCGGAUUCACAGGAAGAGGGAAGUAUUUGUGCUUCAGAAACAGAGAAAGUGGAGUUACAGAACUCAGAACCAGCCACACCGCAGGAUCAGCUGGAUGAGGAGUUGGACAUUAGCAUUGACUGUGAUGGGAAACAGGAAUCAAUUGAUCAGGGUGAUUAUGUGAUAACAAGGUUGUGAUGCUUACAGGAGGCAUUUACAAAUAUAUAUAUAUUUUGCAUAGUGCUUUUGGGGGCAAUGUUUUAAGGAUUAAAUUAGCAAAUGCAGAAUUACACUUUAUAGUAUUCAACUGUGGCACAUGAUCUUCUAACAUAGUAGUCAAGAGAAAGAUAAUACGAGGACCUUCUGUUUUGU